CGUCCAUUGGUGCGCCAACCUUGGGAAAAAACCGAAAACGAUGUCUUCAAAGACGAAUUCAGCCUGCAUCGGAAGGGUGUGGUUCUCGCUGAUGAGGCUAACAGGGCCUGUCGCUAGUUUUCUGAGUAUUCUCAGAUGGUCGUGUCCCUCGUUCCUAAUGACAAUGACUCGUAUCGCAAAGUCGCGCCCGUCUUCGAUACGACCGAUACGCGUAAGGGGGUUCCAUGUUGAGUACCGCUGCAUCCGCCUGGACGCGCCAAGGCCACCCUCGCGCUCCCUGUUGUUCGUCACGUACGAGAACCCAUUUGAUACUACGCAAGCAUCGGGCGGGACCAAUGUGCAGGUAGCAUUACUGUUUGUGCUUUUCCAGAGCACAAUGCCGCGCUCUCGAAAGACCUCAUCUAGCGUCGCCCAAAUCCUCUCCUCAUCGUCUUUCGUGUAUCCUGGAAGCCGCCAGGUGUCCAGGUUCGUAGGCAACUAUAGGAAUAAGAAUACAAGCCAUUUGCUGAGACAUAUCACACCUUCUGUCGCGUCUUCUGCGCAGCAGAAAUUUGAGCAUUGCACAUUUACAGCGGUGGAAUAGGGAGGACGUAGAGCGUGAGAAGG